UUUGCACGCAAACCAAUGAAACAACUACAAGAAGAGCUUGCUACAAAGCAAGGAUUUAAACGUACACUAAAUUGGAUUCAACUACUUGCUGUAGGUCUUGGUACUAUUAUUGGUGCCGGGAUAUUUGUAUUAAGUGGACAAGCUGCUGCAAAAUAUUCUGGUCCAUCAAUCAUCAUUUCAUUUGUUAUAACAGGCGUUAUUGCAUUAUUGUCAUCUUUAUCAUUUUCAGAACUAGGAACAAUGAUGCCUAGUUCUGGAUCAGUUUACAUAUAUGUUUAUGUAGAAUAUUUAGCAUGGUUUAUUGGAUGGAAUUCAGUGAUACUUUAUCUGUUUAGUGUUUUGACAGUAGUAGUUGCUUGGAGCAAGCAUGUUGUUUUAUUUAUUGAUAUUGUAUCUGAUUAUAAUGUAACAAGCAUGAUUAUCGAAUCACCAGUGGCUUGGAACGAAGACACGGAACGUUUUUUUAUCACCGGUCAAGUGAUUAAUUUACCUGCUAUUGCAAUUACUAUUGUAAUUACAAUUCUUCUUAUUAGUGGGAUUCGUCAAACAGCUACAGUCAAUUCCGUAUUAGUUGUGAUUAAAAUUAUUAUAAUUUUAAUCUUCAUUUUCACCUGUUGUAAUUAUGUUAAUCGCAAUAAUUAUUAUCCAUUUUUUUCACUAAAUAAUGGUUCAUCUAGUGGACAUGGUGUAGCAGGAAUGCUGCAAGCAUGUACUUAUGUUUUCGUUGCAUAUGUAGGUUUUGAUUCAAUAUCAACAGUAGCACAAGAAGCAAAGUCACCAGAGACAUCACUGCCAAUUGCCAUUAUUGGAUCAACAAUUAUUUCAUUGCUACUUUAUGUUGGAAUAUGUACUGUGAUGGUUGGACUCGUUCCAUGCAACUUAUUAGACAGAGAUAGUCCUCUUGCUGAAGCAAUAAAAACUACACCUUAUGGUCUUUGGUUAUCAAUUAUUAUGAAUUUAGGUGCUAUUGCUAGUUAUACAACUGUAGCAUUGAUGGGGAUGCUCUCACAGACUCGAAUAUUUUAUGCAAUGGCUAAUGAUGGUUUACUACCACCAAUCUUUGCUAAAAUUCAUCCCCAGAGGGCAACUCCAUGGCUUUCUAUAUUAAUUAUCGGUGCAUUUUGUGCUAUUUUUUCGGGUAUUUGCCCAGUAGAUAUUCUUGACGAAACAACCUGCAUUAGCGCUCUAAUUACAUAUAUUUUUGUACAUAUUACAGU